AUGUCGUUCUUCGUUCAAGCGAUGGGCUACUACAAUACCGACUCGAAAACGUCGGAAGGAGUCACAGCGACGGAAACGAAUAUUAAGACGUUCGACGCCGAUUUCCAAAACGAGCCGCACCCCGCGAAACGGUCCAAGAAGGAGGAGCUCGAGAAGAGAAAGCAAUGUAUCGGCAGCAAGUGUCAAAUCUUCUACAAGGAUGACCCGCUGAUGGUCUCCCGCGCCUCGAUGCAGUACAUCUACGACGAGGGCGGUAAAAAGUACCUCGACUGCAUCAGCAAUGUGCAGCAUGUUGGCCACUGUCACCCAGUCGUCGUCGACUCAAUCACCCGCCAACUCCAAACCUCAACAUGCAACGUCCGCUUCGUCUCCUCCCAGUUGACGGACUGUGCCGAGCAGAUCCUCGCCACCCUGCCCGGUCUCGAUACCGUACUCUUCUGCAACUCUGGGUCGGAGGCCAACGAUUUGGCCCUGCGGCUGGCCCGCGAUUUCACCAAGCACACCGAUGCGAUCGUCAUUGACCAUGCCUACCAUGGCCAUGUGACUACCACGAUGGAGAUGUCGCCCUACAAGUUUGACCACGGGUCGACGGUGAAGCAGCCCGAAUGGGUGCAUGUGGCUGCCUGUCCGGAUGUGUAUCGCGGAAAGAUUCGUCUAAACGAUGAGGAGCGGUUGCAGGAGGAGAAGCAGAAGGAGGCUGGAGUCAAAUAUGCAGAAAGUGUCAAAGAAUUGAUCGAUCAGGCGGUCUCCAACAAUCGUUCUGUCGCUGCCUAUUUCGCAGAAGCUCUUCAAUCCUGUGGUGGCCAAGUUAUCCCACCAAAGGGAUACUUCCAAAAUGUUGCCAAACACGUACGCGGUCACGGUGGUGUCAUGGUAAUCGACGAGGUGCAGACCGGAUUCGGGCGCAUGGGCAAGACAUUCUGGGCUCAUCAGAUUGACGACAACGGCUUCACCCCCGAUAUUCUUACAAUGGGCAAGCCGAUGGGAAAUGGGUUCCCCGUUUCGGCCGUCGUCACCAGGAAGGAAAUUGCCGACUCGCUCGGCGGUAGCGUCGGAUAUUUCAAUACGUACGGCGGCAACCCGGUGGCCUGCGCGGCCGUGCUGGGCGUGUUGAAGGUGAUCAGGGAGGAGAAUUUGCUUGAGCACAGCGAAGAAGUCGGGGCGGAAUUCAAGAAAUCGUUGACGGCGUUGAAAGAAAAGCACGAAUGUGUUGGAGAUAUUCGCGGCGUUGGCAUGUUCUGGGGUGUGGACAUUGUCAAGGACAGGAAAACCCGAGAGCCCGACACGAAGCUUGCCCUCGCCCUCAUCCUCAAGCUGAGACAGGAGCGGGAGAUACUUCUCAACGCUGACGGUCCACAUGAGAAUAUUCUCAAGUUCAAGCCGCCGCUCUGCUUUACCACGGAAAAUGUUAAAGAGUCGAUCUCCGCGCUAUCAGCCGUCCUCACCGAGAUGGGCCAC